AGAAAAUAUUAAACUUUAGUUUCUAUUUUUUUAUUUACAUAGCUGAUAUAUUAUUAUAUAAUAAAAUUAAUUCAUUUAUUAACCUGCGGUUCAUCCGCGGUAAAACAGUGAUCCAUUAACCCGGUAAGUCGUCCGGUUCAAUGUCCGGAUCGGAUUUAAAAACAUUGGUUGCGGAAUUAAUAGAAGAAGAUGUAUAUAGGUAGUAAAUUUAAUUGGAGAGAAUUAUGGAAGCAAAUAUUGUUUAUAGAUAUGAGUCCAUAUUUUUCUUUCAAUUAUUAGAAAUAAGUAUAUAUCGUAAAUUUUUUAAACUAAUUUGCGAGUAUGAUGUGAUAUACAGAAUUUUUUAAAAUAUGUUAUACGAUAAUUUUUUUAUAUAUUUGUAUCAUAUAUGUGGUGGAGUUAUUGAGAAGUGUUUUUGGAUAUCAAUAUUAUUAGUAUCAUAUAUGUUCUACUGGUUAAAAUAUUAUUAUAUAGAUAUUUGUUCGCUAAUAUAUAUGUCGUGGGACAAAAAAGAAAAAAAAAAGUCAAAUAGCAUAUGCUUUCUCUAAGCAUGAAACUAAACGACGUGCAUUUGAUCAAGAGACUCAACGCUUGAAACAUGAUAAAGUUUAUAGGGAGGUAGAGGAGUCCUAAUUUUAGAACAUAUUAUAUACUACAUGAGCUGUUGGUUUCCGUUUACCAAACAUAUAACAUAUAACCGGCUAUGAAAACAAUAAACCAAUAUGAGGAGUGAGUCUCUUAAUGGCGAUAUAUAAGGGAAUAUUAAAUCAUCUCAACAUUGCACGAACAAAUACAGCAUUAGCAAUGUAGAAGAUGGAAACACUAAGAAGCUUUUCGGAAGUGGCCAAAACGAUUACGUUUGCUCUACUGUGUCCCAUUUGUCUGUCACAUUGUAUAAGAGAUGAAUUAGCCAGUUGCUAACACAACGCAAAGAGGAAAACAACAGAACCAAUUCAUAAUAUGCAUUUUGGGAGAAAGUGAGUAAUCAUACAACGUGAUGGAAGGUACCUUUUGUUGUUGAAAAUCUGUGAAGGAGGUACCUUUUGUUGUUGAAAAUCUUCAGUACCCGAAGUGUUAGAAAAGUCAUCGAGUGUAUUUGUUUGCAUAAUCAUAGCUUUGUGUUAAAGACCAUUGACACUGAAGCACUGCAAUAUGGAACAGGUGCGAGUAAAAUGCAUAUCAAAUAACAAUGAGUUAUUAACAAAAGAGAAAAUUGUACAUACAAUGAAGUCCAUGUUUCAAAGAAAGAACAAUUUUAUUUUUAAGCAGAAAAUACAUACACAAAGAAAGAGAAUUACCAUGGAGAAUAAAAGAUGCAAAAGGACCUGCGCAGAAGAUCUUCUCCUCAGGGCCGGGUCAGAUAAACAGGCAGAAGCACCAAUGUGAUGGAAGUUAUCAAGACUCAAAUACGAAUAAACUGAGCCAAAUCCCAUACAUACAGAUAAAAUGGUUAACGGUUUGCUUCCUUAAAAGACUUGAGUCAAAAAGGUAUGCAUGCAGUACUAACGUUGCUUCAACAUAACAAUUUGGGAAGGAAAAGAACCUAUUGAAUGUGAAGCCAUUGUGGAAACAUAAAAAGCUUACACUUUGAGAUCUUUAAAGAAGCGUAAAGAUACCAAUUCACUGAGAAUAAAGCAGAGUAAUUGAAAGCAAAACGUAAUAAGUACGAAACGAACCCAUUACGCAAGAAGAAACGCAGCGACUGGAAUCAUAAAAUGAAACAAAUUAGGAUUCUUAGCAAAAUCAAAUAUAGGGUUGUCAAGCAAAAAUUAAUGCUUAGCGGAUAAACACAAAAGAUCUCAUCAAAGAAUAAAACCCACAUAUGUUGUUUGGGGAAGAUCAGAGGAGGGCACAACGGAAAAACCAUCAAGCAUAUUGUUUCUAGACCCAAAGCCAAUCGUAUGCAUGGAUGUCUCGAAACCAAUUAAAUCAAGCUUCAUCUUUUAACCAUAUAAAAUCUUUGAAAUCCCACAAUUGAAAAGUGAUAUAAAAUCAUAAGCGUCGCGGAUCAAAACUGGACCCGGCCAUGCAUAGCUUCACUGGUGACGUUGCUCAGCGACGUAUGUCAGCCGACUAUGUAUGGAGGUAGUGGAAGAGAGAAGUUAUGGUGCGCACUGAUUCAAGACGACAGCUGAUUUUGAUCCGGCUUCUAUGGGUACAGAAAGAACCAAAAUUUUAUGAGGAUUAAAGAACAUAAAGGAUUUAUAUAAGAGGAAUAACGAAAGGAGGUGAAAUGAUAGCGUGGCUCAGGAGUAAAGAAUUGGAUUGAAUGAUUGAGAGUAAUAACUCAAAGAAACUGCUAUUUGCAGAAUCGGUAACGACGAUGGUAAAGUGGAAGAUGGGAGUUGGGCUUGGGACUACUACGAAUUAUAGAAGCUCAGAAUGAAUAGUCUCGGGAAAAUCAUGCCUCGACUAAAGCAGGUAUGACAUGGAAAAAUAGAGCAUUCUUAUUGGACGAAUUAAUUUGAGGACGUGGCAGCCUCGCUAUUGAGUAUAUGCUACUUUUAGUAUUGUGAUAGCGGCAUUAACAUGAAUAGUUGAUCACUCAGAAACCCUAGCUCGGAUUGGUGUUGCUUGUUUAACAAGCUUUCUCAAUUGUUUAACUCGAGCCUAGACGUUUGCGUUUCCAACUCUUUGGUAAAAUCACACGGCUUCAAAAAUUCUAUAGAGAUGACGUUAAAGAAGAAACCUGUUGGUGUUGAUAGAAUCAUCGAAAAAGAAGAAGAUAUGAUCAGCCAGUUACCAGAUUGUUUGCUUUGUGAGAUACUUCUCAAUCUUCCCACGAAGGAUAUGAUCAAGGCUAGCCUGUUAUGUCGCAGAUGGAGAGAUCUUUGGCAAUCUGUUCUUGGAUUGGAUUUGGAGUUUAAUAGCUCCACAGAUUUUGAUAAAUACGGUUUCUUCAACAGAUUUAUAGAUGUGAAGAGGGACGUGUGCUUACAAAGAAUUAAGCUACGGUAUGCUAGAUACAAGGACAAUACUUAUAACGAGACAACAAUAGACACUGCUAUUAAGCAGAAAAUUCAACAUUUAGAUGUUGGUUAUGUUGACCCAAAAAGAAGAAAAGAUGUUCGUUUAACGUUAAUUAAGAUACCUCCAACCAUUUAUACAUCGUGUGAGAGGUUGGUCUCUUUGAAACUCUAUCGUGCAACCUUGCCUACACCUCCGCAGUCAGUUUCUUUGCCUUGUCUCAAGUUCAUGGAUCUCAAACAAAUCUGGUUUGUUGACAGUUUGUUAAUGGAUAUGCUGAUCUCUGUCUGUCCAGCUUUAGAAACCCUAACUGUGGAUUUAUUGUAUGGAGUCAAAGUCUCAUCUCCGUCUCUUUUGAACCGUCACUAUAUUGAAAGAAUCAUUAUGAAUGAUUUGAUCUCCAUUGUUAAGUUGUAUUUUGUUGGUUUGAUUACUUCCGUUGAAAACUAUCUUCAUUUGCUUACAGUGAUCUCUCGUGUAAGAGAGAUAACCAUCUCUUCUGACAUUCUCACGGUCCAUCGUAAGUUCUCCAAAUCGGAAUCAUUACCCCAGUUUCAUAAACUUUCUUUCUUGAGCGUCAAGGCUAUCAAUAACUUUGGAUUCUGGGAACAUUUGCUAGUCUUUCUUGAGAAGUGUCCAAAUCUAAAAUCCCUUGUCAUGGACUUUAAAAGUUAUCAUUAUGGAUUAAAUUUUUUCGAUGUGCCUCAGUGUGUCUUAUCAUCGCUUGAGUUUGUUGAGGUAAGAGCAAAGGACAUGGCAGAUAUGAAGAAAAUAGGGAGUUAUUUUAUGGCUAAUUCAACAGCACUCAAGAAAUUCACACUCCGUUUAGAUCAGAUAGAAGAAGAACAUUAUGUGAUCCUCAACGAGCUCUUUGCAUUGCCAAGACAAUCUAUGGAGUGUGAAGUUGUUGUUCGCUGUAGAGCUUUUGGAACAUGCAAGCCCUUUUCUUUGUUUACUUGUGCUAACGGUUUCUCCUGAUUGGAAGUCAUGUACUUUAGGGUUUGAGCUUUGCAGGUCAUUUUGUGUUCCAUAUUAUGGGAAGUCGUAAUAGGCGCUGCCUAAUUAGGAGUCUCAAUGAAAUAAUCUCCAAGGCAGGACAAUUAACUCUGCUAUUUAAUUUAUGUUCUGCUUAACCAUAUGAUGUUUCAAUUUAUAUUUUUCAGAUACUAAAACAAUGUGAACCUGCAAUUAUAUAUUCCACCACAUUCUGAUGUACCCUUUUUAUUCAACAAACAAUAUGUUUUCACUUUA